AUGGAUCCACUAUCGAUCAGUUCCAGCGUUAUUGCGAUCGCAACAUUAGCCGCUCAAGUCUGUUCCAAGUUGUCGGAACUACGAGCCUUGUACAAGUGUCUGCCUGGUCGGCUGCACGCUGUCAACAAUGAGGUUGCUGAUCUGGAAGUAGUCCUCCUGGAAGUUGCCUUUGUGGUGAAAAAGCGGCAGACCUUUCUAGAGAAGGAACUAUCCUCCAUUCCCCACCUCUUGAAACAGGCACAUACCAAGCUGAAUGAGCUGAAGGCUAUUGUUUGCAAACUCACUGCUGUCUGCCGUGCGGGACGAGUGCCCAUAUCUUUGGUUCUUUCCUGGCGGAAGGAGGAGCAGACCAAGUUGCAGGUGCUGCAAGAUGAUCUUCGAACAAUCAAGAGCAGCUUAAAUAUCAUGCUCGGGGCUUCAAACUCGCAUGAUAUGAUGAAAAUCCGUCUGGAAAUCGAGUCGUUUUCUACAAUAACAGCACAUUCAAUGCAGCAGCAACAGGUUGCGUUGCAAAACCAUUUUAGCGGCGCUCUUGUGGCAGUUAACGAGCGCAUAGCACGGGUAGAAGAGAUGCUUCGUGAGCAGGCCCUUCAAGUCAGUGAAAGCCAAACCGUCCAGGUGGGCUCGUCAUACAUUGCAUCUCAACCUCGUCGAAGACUGCCAGGGAUAUCUAAACCCACCGUGCUAGCCGCUUCCCCGCGCUCGGAGGGUAUCGGUGUGAGAGUCGCACCAUUCAUCGUUACCUGCGGACCAAAGUGCAUUUGCGCAUGCCAUCGUGAGAAGAAGUCAGCGACUCCUGCAUUCCUUGACCGAGUGGUUGGACGGCUUUUUGUCGGAUACUCUGGAAUUCCCGCCUUUAGUCCGAGAUGUACUGUCGAUACCUGCCAAAAGUUACGAGCAAGUCAAGUCAGCCUGGAGUACUGGUUCCCGAUCGGCUUCUGGUCGUCCACAAUUGUUAGAAUGCAGGUGGGCUAUCAGCCUAAUGUUGGAUCACUGUUGCAGUUGGAUACGCUGAGACGAGUGCCGGACACCGCGCAGUGCGUGAACUUUGCUCUCAACGGGGAUAUUGAGGGCUUGAAAUACCUCUUUACUCAUGGCCUCGCCUCUCCGCGGGACGUCAGUACCACUCGAGGAUACUCCGUCCUUCGAUGGGCGCUGUACGGAAAACAAUAUGAGACUUGUGAGUUCCUUAUUCAUGCUGGCGCAGACCCAGAUUACAGACCCAUCGCCGCAAGCGACAAUAGUCCGAAAAACAAAGCUUGCCAUUUCCUUCUCGAAGGGGGGCUGCCAGACAAUGCCGUCAAGGCUCUUCGCACGAUAACAAAAGGCGGAUACUUAGAUGAGUUCAUCGAGAACUCCAAUUUUACCCAGACUCACAAGAUUGUCCUAGGCCUAUCCCUGAACAACCUGGAGGAGGAGAUUAUUCAACAUCCUGAGGAUAUCAACGCUGUUGAUGCAAUGGGCCGGACUCCACUAGCUUGGGCAGCAGCAAGAGGGGACACUCGAGCGAUCGUCACUCUGCUAAGUCAGGGAGCUGACCCCAAUAUCAUGGAUGUGCAACUCUCAGGCCCCUUAUCAAAUGCAGCGGCUCAAGGUCAUACUGUCAGUGUUCGUCUUCUCCUAGAAGCUGGUGCAUAUCCCGAUACCGCCAAAUUCACCGGAGUGAAAAAAGGGAGCCCUCUCAACUGUGCCGCACGAAAUUCUCGAAGUGUCGUCUUGCUCAAGAGUCUUUUAGACUUUGGAGCAGAGGUAGAUGCCUCUGGGACAGAUGGCAAAACUGCCCUCCUCCAAGCGGCACGUAUCGACAAUCCCAGUUUUGCUAUGCUCUUGCUGGAAUAUGGAGCGGAUAUCAACGCCACUGCUGCCGAUGACUCGACCCCUCUUACGACUGCAAUUACCUAUAACAGCCACAAUGUCCUUCGACUGAUCCUUGAUCGUUGGCAUGAGUACUCGUCUUGUCCCCGUCUCAAGGGACCGCAUCUUUUGCAGAUUGUCGCGCUGUAUGCUGAUUUGGAGACCAUUAACAUUCUCACGGGAACUGACCAUUUCCGGGCGAAGUAUGACAAUCGAUAUACUCAUGGGGAUUUCUCUGAUCACCUGCGCCAGCGGCCCGAUUUCACAGAAAAUUUGGCGGCUGCGUUCGAUGAGCUGCUGACCAUCAUUAAUCAGCGACCAGCUGUGGAUGAGUCGCUGGACAGCCUGAUGGAGGCUGGAUUUUUCUCUUGUUUACCUUCCCGAGUCAACUCGCAACAGGAAGAUAUGCUCCAAGAGCCCGGCAGUCCUGCCAGCUCGGAUAAGAGCUUUGCAGAUGCAUUGGAGUACCUGUCUAUAUCUUCAGAUGGCCAGAUGAAGGCAUGA